AUGUUUGGAAUUGGGAACGGUCUUAAUGAUAUGGAUGGUGCUGGAAGCAUCAAGCUUAACAUGAGCGAGGAGAAGUUCGAUUAUACAGAGAGUGAAUUCGAUGAGAAUGAUGAUUCAACUGUAUCGGAAGGCAAGAUCAAGCUAGAUAGGAGCUUUAAUUUCCGAGGCUUCAUGAAUAGAUUGAAUGGGAAGCACAAAGCUUUAGAAUUAGCAGGUCAACUGGAUAGUAAGCGUGGCGUUUCAGAAGGAAUAGAGGUUUCUGCGUCGACCGAUGGGCCAAAAGAGUACUCUGAAAACGAAGAGAAGGCCCUUCAACUUCCAAUGUGGAAUGGGCAAGCUGGUAUACGGCAGGGUCAACACGGGCACAAAGCAAAUAUGGAGACUUCGACCCCAAUGAAACAGUCCACUAAGGGAGAUUUAGUUGUGCAAUCGACGCCGCUUGCCAAACCGGGAGCUUUAAAUAGAACGCAACCCAAGGAUAUUCUGCGGGAGAAACUAAUUGAGAACCAUAACAGGAAGGUGAGCGUAAAUAGUGUAAAUUCUGGACAUACACAACGAGAUAUUAUGCAAGAAACAAGAGAUUUGAGAGAGGAGAUGUCAAAACUACAGGAAGAAUUGGCGGCUUCAGAAAACCACCAACUUGAAAAAGAUGGUGAAAUCAGUCAACUCAACCGGAAGCUUAACGAUAAGGAAUCACAGAUCUUGGAGCUAAAAAAACAGCUCGAAUCAAAAAACUCUGAAUUAAUGACCUUUGAGCAGAAGUCAGCAACCGCCGCUGAAUCGAUAGUCGCACUUACAGAGAGAAAUAAACAGAAAGAUGCUAAAAUAAAGAGCUUGGAACAGAGUUUAGAGAAUUCAGUAGUGGAUACCGAGGCGGAAGUCACCAAUUUGAACAAAGUGCUCGAACAGGUAACCUUAGAAUAUAAGAAAUAUAAAAUUGAGACUAAAUUACGUCUAGAUGAGUCCGAAUCAACGCUAAGAAAGGCAGAAGAGAGAAGUAAGGAAUUGCAAGAGAAAUUAGAAAGCAAAUCGCUCGAAUUGUCUGAAAUGAACAGCAAAUUAUCUGAAAUGAACACCAAACUGUCAGAAAUGAACAACAGGCUUUCUGAAAUGACAAACAAGCUAACGUCUAGAGAAACAGAGAUUUCGAAUUUACAGGCAUUCCUAAAUGAAUCGAACACCCGGUCAAAUACUUUGCAAUCAGAUAAGGAGGCGUUGACCACCGAGGUGCAAAAUCAGAAGGAAAAACUUACAAGUACGAUCGCGGAGAUGCAGUCAUUGAAAGACACGCUUGAGAAGUUGAAUGAUGAGAAAAAUACCGAUAUUACCACUAUAAAGGAUGAACUUGAACAAAACUGGAAACAGAAGGCGGAUAUGUUGAAAGAAUCCGAGAAAGAAUGUCGUGAAUUAAAAUCGACCUUGGCCGAUAAGACCAAAGAACUAAGUUCUGCUACUUCUCAAUUAAAGAAGAUUACCUCAGAAAGGGACAGUGUUAAGAAGUUCAUCGAACAGCUUAAAUGUUUCGACAUACCUAUUGGAAGUUUAGCAAUGGAACAAUACAAAAAAAGUCCAAAACACCCGUCUAUUAAUUUGCUGUUAAAGGAAAAGCAAGACAUCCUACGGUUCUACCUCAAAUCUGAUGAAGAAGCUAUUAAUAAAUUGAAUAGUGAAAUUGAUGCCCUUAAAACCAGUAAUGAUGAUCUACGAGCUGAACUAGAGCUGAAAUUGAAAAGUACUGCGGAAAAAUAUGGAUCUACAGAGGCUAGUAUGAAGAGAGAGAUCCUGAGUUUACAGAGUGAUUUAAAGGAGCGUACGGGUGUAAUCGAUAAAUUGCAAAGUACCGUAGAUAUGCUACAGAAAGAUGCCGCUGCAUUAAUUAGGGAAAAAGAGGAGUCAGUAAAUAGAAACGCAGAGUUAGCACAGCAAAUCUCGAAAUUGCAAGAAAGCCAGCUACAGGAGGACCACGAGAAGUUCGUAGAGCUAUGUGAUAAGAACCAGGAACUAAUACAGAAAUGUAGCGACCUAACAGAAAAAAUACAUGAAGUCGAAGUCAAAUUACACACAGCAGAAAGCAAAGCUGAAUCAUUGCAAAAUGAGUUAAACAGUAAGGAAUCAAUCAUCACAGAAAAACAACAGCUAAUAACAGAGUUACAACUGACUCAAACUCAAAUACAAAAGAGCCUCGAAAAGUUGAAAGGCAACCCUGCUGACAUGAUCUCAUUUGACAGUGCCCAGAAAACUUACCACAACCUAGACAGAAAAACAUACAAUCAUCUUAUGGUCGAUCAAGUUAACCAUCUAGAUCUAGUUCAACUGCAAAAUAUUGUCAAAAAUAUUAUAUUGUUACUAGAAACGCCUUUCAGUAAGUUAUCAAAGAAAAUGCCAUUGGUGAGUAUUUACCUAAGAUAUGAGAAGAGUUUAUGCUUCCAUUUUGCCAACAUGCUACACUACCACGUCUACCAUGAACCAAUAGAUAUAAAAAAGUUCACAAACGACGCAUACUCACAAUACUUGGAAAGACAUGAUUUUUCGAAGAUAAGACACCCUUUAGAGUUGUGUUUGGAGAAGCUUUAUGAAGAGGUUCGUUCGAGGUUAAAAUAUUGA